AUGCCUCUCUUCCUCCAAGUCCUUCAAUAUUCUGGAUUCAUCAGCACUGAAAUUUCCAACCUUAUCUUGCUAUGGCUCAUUGUCACAAAAUCGUCAAGUAGAUUUGGCUCUUACAAAUAUAUUAUGAUGUCAUACGCAGUGUUUUCAAUUGUGUAUGGUGUGGUGGAGAUACUGACACAACCAACAACUCAUAUACAUGGUGCUUGCAUGUUGAUGUAUGUGGACAGCUUUUUGAAAUAUGAAAAGUCGAUAGCUCUCGUGUUGGUUGGGUUGUACUGCGCCACUUUUGGCUUAUGUGUUCUUCUACUGGCCACUCAUUUUGUAUAUAGAUUUUUUGCAAUAUGCAGACCCCAAGAGAUGUCCUACUUCCAAGGCGCCCGUCUUCUUCGAGUUUACACUAUCCCCAUCUCUAUUUCUAUUUUAUGGUAUUUUACAGUGACUAUUCUAGUGUCCCCGACUCCUGCCAAAGAUAAGUAUAUGAGAGGCGCUAUCAAUGAAACCUAUGGGGAAGACACUACACGACUCAGUUAUCUUGGAAUUUUAUAUUUUUACAAGGAUGAAUUAAGCGGUACGCAGGUUAUUAGUUGGCCGGAUUUCACGUUCUGUGCAUUUGCUUGUGGUGUCAUGCAAACUUGCAUUAUCACAAUGGUCGUCUGCGGAUGGAAAACUUGGCGAAAAAUGGAAAGCGUUGAGGUAUCGAUGAGUAAGAAGACAAAAGAGUUGAAUAGCCAACUAUUCCGGACACUUGUAUUGCAGACAACUCAUAUACAUGGUGCUUGCAUGAUGUUGUAUGUGGACAGCUUUUUGAAAUAUGAUAAACCGAUAGCACUGGUAUUAGUAGGGGUGUACUGUGCCACAUUUGCGUUAUGUGUCUCUCUACUGGCCACUCAUUUUGUCUAUCGCUAUUUUGCAAUAUGCAGACCCCAAGACAUGUCCCAAUUCCAAGGCGUCCGUCUCCUCCAACUGUAUAUCCUUCCCAUCAUCUUUUCUAUUGUGUGGUAUUUCGUUGUGACCGUUCUAGUCGCCCCAACGGCUCGAAAAGAUGAGUAUAUGAGAGAAGCUAUCAACGAAACCUAUGGGGAAGACACUUCACGACUCAGUUACCUCGGAGUUUUAUACUUUUACAAAGAUGAUUCAAACGGCAAGACAGUCAUUGGUUGGCCAGAUUUCACAUACUGUGCAUACACUUGUGGUGUCAUGCAAGUUUGCAUUAUCACAAUGGUCAUCUGCGGAUGGAAAACCUGGCGAAAAAUGGAAAAUGUUGAGGGAUCGAUGAGUAAAAAGACGAAAGAACUAAAUGCUCAACUAUUCCGGACACUUGUAUUACAGACACUCAUCCCUCUCUGCACUAUGUUUGCCCCAGUCGGUGCUUUAAUCAUCCUUCCAAUUUUUUCGAUUGCUGUCGGAACAUUGGCAAAUGCUCCUAGCUUAUACGCAGGGUUCUACCCGGCACUAGACGCGUUGGUUGUUAUUUUUAUGAUUAGAGACUUCAGGAAUACUGUUUUAUGUAAGUUUAUUAUUUGA